CAUAUUACAAUUAUUACUCACGUGAAUAUAGUUUUUAGUUAACUAUGAAUUUGUUUCGAAUCGAACUCACUUCAAAUACUUUCAGCAACCAUACAAUAAGUUACUGAGUCAACUGCAAUAUUUAUUUAACCUACUUUCCUUGAUAAAUAAUUUAGUUUUUAAGAUAACAUACUUUCAUGGUUAUCUUGUUUUGUUUUCUGUUAUUUAAGUACAUUGUUUUAAUCUGUAAAGGACAUUUUGUUUAGUUCAAUUUUGUAUGAAAACCAGGACAUACGGUGGGUGUGAUUAAAAAUUAAAAAUUUAAUAAGAAAAGUGUACAAUAGUGAUGCUUUGACGACUCUUGUUAUUGAAGACAAUUCUUUGAAUACUUCACACAAUGUGGAACCGACUUAUGCCACCAAACUUAUCGGAAAGUCUUCUCCCGGAGUCAGGUCCUCGGAAGCUGGAGAAGACCAGGUCUUUGGAGUCGUGCGCCAGCUCCAUCGACCCGGAGUGCAGCUGUGAUGAAGCUAGCUACGGUAUAGGUGACGCUGUAUUCUCCUGCUUUAUCGUGGCUCCUCAUGUAGUCAGCGUAUGGCGGGGAACGUGGGGCUUGAUGGAGCUGAAGCCGACCCUGUUCCCCUUCGCCCAGAUAUAUCUACUGGGUAUUGUGAUACAUAUCAGCUUCGCUAUUGUGAGAACAAGACUGUUAGCUCGUUCAGCCGGAGCAUGGAGCAAGCCCGAAGGCGGCGCCAUCUCGUGGGUGCGCGAGAGGAUAAUAACUCGGGUGUACGCCUAUAUAUUUAUUCUGAGCAAUAUUAUGCACUGGCGCGGCGGCUGGGGCCUGCUCGACAUGUUUGUGGACAGGGUCCUGCCAGACGUUGACGAUCCUCAUAGGCCUGUGCUAAUAGGCGGUAUAACCCUAUUCUUCUACAUCGCGACCACGAUGCUGCGGUCUUCCCGCAACCUGCUCGCCUCGCCAUACUUCCUAGUCACUGAUGGAAAGGAACCCACCUAUAUAUUUACUACUAGGUUUCAAAUUUCGAACAGCAGAGAGACGAUGCUGUACAUCCUGGACUGCAUAUUCUCGGUGACAGUGGUCGGUUCGCUGGUCGUCUUCGUCUGGCGUGGCUCCUGGGCACUGCUGGACAUCUUCCUCUUCCCUGACGACAAGCCGAAAUCCUGCUGGACUUCACUGAUCGUUGGCUACGCUGUGGUGAUAGUCACGUUCGCCCUCCAAGCGCCAGUGCGCUGGUCUGCAGCGCGGCUGCACGGCGCGCCCCGGCUGUUGCUGGCCGACGUGUACCACUUCAUCUCCUUCAUUGCCACUGUCAACGUGUGGCGGGGGGUGUGGGGGCUGCUUGAUAUUUACUUCUUCCCAGAAUCACCAAAGCUCAGCAAUUGGAGCUCCCACAUCAUCAGCUUGACGCUCCUCAUCCUGCUGAACUGUUCCAACUCGGUGAUCGUCCGAGGAGUCUACAUCGACGCUGAGGAGCCAGCGGGAGAGUGCGUGGUCUUCCCUUGCCACUACCUCAGGCUAUUCUUCCAUAAAGAACGAACCAAGAAGAGACACAGAAGAGCUUUGCAGGCUGCUGCAGCUGCUGGUAGAAAGCCAGAAGAUGCCAGCGUACCCUUACAAAUACCAGAAGAAAAAGUCUAGUUUUAAAGAUGUGUUCCACAGUAGUGAAGGAACUUUAUUUGUAUGGUUAGUCCCCAGUGAUGUAGUGUUUUGAAGUGAACAAGGGGAUCGAGGCUAUUAACAUACGGAAUAAUAUUAACGUGACCCGCCUAUGGAAUAAAAUACUACUUAUAAGAGCGAAAAUGGCUUAAUAUACCGAUACUAUCGAAGAACGAUUUUGAAUCAAGUUUAACAAAAUCGUUUGUUGCUAUCUUGAUUUGAUAAUUUAGUACGAAUUUUGCUCCUAGGUACCUAAGAAUUUCGCCUCUAUUCGAAGUAUUUAUAAUCAUCAUUUUCCUAUAAACAUGAUUGUAGUACAAAACACAACUUAAUAUCAUCCCCAAACUCGAAUACAAAAUACCAUACUCUAGAAACCUGUAUAAUAAGUAAAAAAAAAAUUCGUAGCCGAAAAUCUCGUAGCAAUUUUCGUAGCAAAACACGUAGCCCGUAGCAUUUUUCUCUUACCUUAAACUUUGUUAAAUUCAACAUUGUUACUGCAUAAAUAUUUAGUGCUCUUUGUGAUUGUUGUUACAUGUUUUUCUACUAUAAUUAUAAUACAUAUGUAUACGCAAUAAAAAGGUAGUACGAAAACAAUUUCCAUUGCAAAAGUUAUAUGGUCUAUUUUCGAAUUUACUUCAACCUGUGUAACAUAGUGUACGUGACUAAAAACUACCUCUUCUAUCAUCCUGUUUUAUAGGAUUGUUCUGUUUGUUCAAUAUUCCAUUACAUUAUCAAACGCCUGUCACAAAACUAGAAGCAAGAUUUAUUCAAUCGUUUUAUAAUUUCUGCAUAAUCUUCACGUCACAUUUCCUUAGUUUAAUUUAACAUAAGUAUUCGUUCUAAGUCAAGAUAUUAAAGUCUUUAUUAGUUCUAAAGACAAGUAAAAUAUGUAAAUAUGGUACAAUAAAGUUGUAAGCACUAAGUUAUUAUAGGUACUGUUGAACAAAACAUAAUAAACGUAUUGCUAUUUUA